AUGGCAGUGCUGUGGUGGCUUUGGCAUAUACCUCUGACUGUGGUGGUGGCUCACGGGGCUCCCUCAGAUCCUGCCCAAGGGAAGAAGGUGUUAGCAGAAAAGGUCAGCCAGCUGAUGGAUUGGACCAAGAAAAACAGAGUGAUAAGAAUGAAUGACACCAUGUUCUAUCAUUUUGUACUAGAACCACCAAGAAACUACUCUAUGAUUGUGAUGUUUACUGCUCUCCACGAGUUAAGACAGUGUGUGAUGUGCAAGCAUGCUGCUGAAGAAUUUCAUAUCUUGGCAAAUUCCUGGCAACAUUCCAGUAAAUUCACCAACAGGAUAUUUUUUGCUAUGGUGGAUUAUGAUCAAAGCCCUGAAGUCUUUCGAACGAUCCAAGUGGUGUCAGUUCCAAAUUUCCUCCACUUUUCUGCGAAAAGGGAAUUUACAUCAGAUGAUAUUUAUCAUUUGGAAGGAAGGGGUAUCAUAGCUGAGCAAAUGGCUAAGUGGGUAGGUGAGAGAACAAACGUCAACAUCAGAAUCAGCCAGCCUACAAAUGAUGGUGGUCUCUUCACGUUGGGGACGAUUUUGGCGCUCACUGGCGGACUGGUGUCUUUACUGAAGAGCAAGUUUAUUUUUAACAAAACUUUGUGGGCAGUAUUAGGUUUGUCUUUUGUAACUGUGAUGACAUCUGGUCAAAUGUGGGCUCAUAUAAAAGGAGCAUCAUUUGCUCAAAGGGACCCUCGCACGGGACAUAUGCAUUAUAUCCACAGGGCGAGUUACUCUCAGUUUGUAGCAGAGACAUGUAUCAUUGCCCUGUUUAAUAUGUGCGUUUUCCUGGGAAUGGUGCUGUUAGAUAAAGCUGCCACAUCUAGAAUGAACGUUGUAAAGAGGAAGAUGGUGUGUCUGAUUGGUAUCUGUCUAGUUGUAAUAUUCUUCAGCUGGCUGCUCUCUCUGCUUCGAUUUAAACUACGUGGGUAUCCAUACAGGUUUCUGAUGGAUUAAAAAGGGUCCUAGAGAUACAAACGCUGAAGAAAUUUGGAACAACAACAAGUGUGUACAGAAACAGAAAAAUGUGAACUCCACUUUUUAAAUGAAUUUUUAACCAAAGGAGACAUCAAGUGCCUUGAUAAUAAGAAGCCAUUUCCACUCAAACUCUGUGCAGUGUAUGGUAUGGAUCUCUUCUGUUCUUCUCAAUUUUCUCUUUUCAGUAAAUUACCUAGCCUGUGAAUUCUAACUACUAAAAUCCUUAGAGAGUAUAAUUUUUAUCUAAUUUAGAGUACCAACGCCCGGAAGCAAAUAUAGUACUACUUAGUACUACUCCUAGCUAGUCUUUCCUACUGAAUUACACAACUAGGCUUCUUGCUAGUUGUAGGUAUUGUAAACUAAACAUCAGAUUACGAUUUCUCCACCAUUGUUAACUACCUUUUCUCUGGAAGGAUUUCAGAUAAACUCCCUUUCCUUAUUUUUCUUGCAUUUCAGGUGACCCAUAGCUAACAAAAUAGUAUUUCCUAUUUCUAUGUUGACUUGAGUUUGCUUUCCAUUUAGGGGAAUCUAAGAGAAAAAUAGGUAUAAAGAGAGUUUUCUGUUUAGGAGCAUGCUAAAAUGUCAAGUUAUUUCCAAAAUGCAAAAAUGCAUAACCAAACAUCCUAAAAACCUUUCUUCCCCCUUCAGUGGAAAGCAAGGUACAAAUUUAAAGCCUUUUUUUUUUUUUGCCUUUAUCUUCCCUCUAUCAUCUGAAGAUCAUCAAAGUCAAGUCCUAAACAGCCUACUAAUGUGGUUCUAAGAGCAAAGAUUUAAAUCCAGGUUUACUAUUGAACCAAACUCUACCUUUCUCUCUGGUAAAUUGCUAUUUUGGGAAUACAAGAAGAACUAUGAUUGUGAAAAUGUUUUUCAAACAACAGUAAUUUAGUGUCACAGCAAUUUAGUUUAAUUUCUGUCUUAAAUUGGGACUGGUUUUAGCUAUUUAUGAUCAAGUAACCCUCCUCCAGGGUAUAGUGGAAGGUACUGAGUUUUAUAUGAGUUGUUUGCCAAGGGAGUUAGCUGUAAUUGCCCAAAUUAUAAUUUUUUUUUAAUUGGAGGGGAGGUAGGAAUAGUUGACCCUUCUCGUUUUAGACAAUUUUUUAUUCAUUAUUCCAGAGGAAUUCAACUCUGGAUUUUUUUCCUAGCUUACUUCUCUGUUGGUCUUGCACUUGAUCAGGCUAAAUAAAUGGAUGUUGAUAUCCUGAAGGUUGAAAAAGGCUAAUUGGUUUUGCAUAGCACACUAAAAAAAAAAAUGUUGCUAUCAAGUUGAUUCUGACUCAUGGCAACCCUAUGUGUGUCAGAGUAAAAGUGUGCUCCACAGGGUUUUCAGUGGCUGAUUUUUCAGAAGUAGAUCCCCAAACCUUUCUUCCGUGGUGCCUCUGGGUGGACUCGACCUCUAACCUUUCUGUUAGCAGCCCAGUGUGUUAACCAUUUAGCACAUUACCCCCACUGCCAUUGAUUCCGACUCAUAGCGACCCUAUAGGACAAAGUAGAACUGCCCCAUAGGGUUUCCAAGGCUGUAAAUCUUUACGGACGCAGAUUGCCACAUCUUUCUCCAGCAGAGUGGCUGAAGGUUCCAACUGCUGACUUUUUGGUUAGCAGCCAAGUGCUUUAACUUCUGCGCCACCAGGGCUCCUUCAUUAUUAGCACAUUAGUAGAGAGAAGUAACUGCUGCUUCAACUAGCACAGCUGCAGGUGAUAGAUAAU